AUGCCUGUAUUCGUAACGAUUAAGUCAUGUCGCAUCAACAGUCAACAGAGAGAAUUAUCAAGCAAAUGUGUUCAGAUGUCGCAGUUUCGAACUCAACGAAGACUUCGAACAAGGUUUAAUAAUUUACAACGAGAUCUUCAACGAGAAUUACUGCGUGAUACACCCGAUGAUCUUAAUCAAGAAAUUCAAUGGCUUUGGUCAGACAUUCGACGAUAUAUUGAUGAACACAUCUAUUAUGGAAUGGGCUUUACUCUGGCAUUUCUUAUGGGUUUAUCUUUAUUACCGAAAAGAUAUCGAUAA